UGGGCAGGCUGGCAGGCUCCGCGGCGCAAAUGCAUGCGUCGUCCUUAGAAAUUGGUGUGCAAAUCACUUCAAUCAAUCGUUAAUCAACCUGAAAUAUGAGUGAACAAGUUUCAAGCCCCAGCUCCGAGCAGGCAGCAAGUCCAGUACCUGCCACUGCUGAGAGCAGCCAGCCGUCGAAGGUGCAGAGAUAUGCAACAGAAGCGGACGUGCUCGCGCUCAUGACAAACGACAAGUUCAAGAAGUUCUGCAAGAAGAAGUGCGGCGAGUGGGCGCCCGCGUCUCGCAUCCCUAAACGCCAUCGACGCGUGAUCCGCGCAGGUGCGGUUGCGUCGCCUUCAAGCGCUUCGCCAAGAUGUCGCCGCUCGUCGUCCGGGCGAGAGUCGGGAGCCUCUGGUGCCAAAAAUGUGGCCGAUUGCUGUGCGAGGCCCACCGGAACCAGCACAGCUGCGAGAUGGAAAUGCAAGAAUUGGAGCGACGGCGGCGGGUCGACGUCGACGCGAUUCGGGAAGGCAUCAAGCGGCAGGAGGAGGAAAAGGAGCAGCGCGCCGCCGACGCCGACGCGCUCAAGCGGGCCGAGGCCGGGGCCAAGGCGGCGCGCUACCGCAUGUGGAAGGACCGGCGGCGCCACGUCGUAUGGUGUCCGGCGUCCUUUUAACUUCUGAACAUCGCGGCGACGGCGUAGAGUUUUGUGCAGCUCACGCGCCAUCGCAGGCGGGCAUCUCGUCGAGCGUGGCGAGCAUGGUCCAGCGCUGGAGCGUCCAGGCCGAGGCGGGGCGCAAGCGCGACCGGCUGCUCGACAUCUACACGUCGUGCAACCGUAUCAACCUGCGGCUCUGGAACGAGGUCUCGCAGCCGGAGAUUUUGAGUGAUAUCGACAUGGACGCGUGGAAGCGGCUCUGCCGCAACUACGCCGACGCCUGCGCGCUGACGGGAAUGGUUAUAUUGGUCGAGGGCGUCGAGCUCGACCUGAGGCUGCCCUGGCUGCGGGACGAGGACCAGGACUGGCUCGACGCGCCUCCACCUGAUGCAAAUGAGGUGGACCUCUCGACGGCGGACCCGCCAAGUUAAUAUAUAUAAGUCUUAGUAGUCCCGAGCCGCGAC